ACAGGAGGCAGCCGAAGAGUCCCUGGUGACUUUCUAUUGGUUAAAGUUUACGUCACUCAGUCGAGGACCGAACAAAGGCGGGCAACGUGAUCCCCCAGCUGCCUCUUCAUUGGACAAGAUUGAUGUCACUCGUUAGAGGACGGGCAAAGCAAACCCCCGUUGUCAGUUCAUUCGUCAAGGUGCAUGUCAAUCACCUGACGAAGUCGGAAGUGGUGAGGAAUUGCUGAAGCAACAUGGAGGAAGCCGCAGAGGGUGAGUGAUUGAUGGGCUUUGAAGGCAUGGUCGCUGGGGAAGGCGAUUGAAUGUUAACUAGGCUUCCUGUACUUUUUAACAUCUGUGGAGAAGCAGAUGUUCAACAACAAUGGGAUAAUCUGCGCCUGUCAGAUGACUAUCUGCUGUUAAAGCACAGGAACUUUUUCUAAAGAAAUAAGAGCAAUGAUGUUGAACCUGCCCUCCAGACCUUGCUGGAUUACAGCUUUCUUCCUUAGUUGAGGCUAAUGACAGUUGCGCUGCUGCAAAAGAGAGAGGGGUGGGGGAUAUGCCAAGAUCCAAGUUUGGGGCAAGUGCUCUACAGUGAGAAAACCCCAGCAGAGGUUUAAAGCCACUAAAUAUGCAGCAAAGUAAAGCACGGAAAUACAGGUCGUUAGAUCUUUAAAAUAUGUCCAAGUGAGUUCUAAAAUGUCCCCUUUAAAAGUUUCUUUCUAAAGUUUCCCUCUUACCCCAGCAUAAGAAGACGACUACAUGUUUGGUAAGUUUUAAAAAAUGGUUUACUUACAAACUCUUCAAAGGUCAGGUUCAUGUACAUUUCCAUACAUCAGUUUAGAAAAGUUGCACAGGCAGUACAACUUAGCUUAGUUACAAAGUCGUGAAAGUUCCUAAAUUAUUGAUAUAGGAACACAAGAGUGGCUUGUGAUCCAUGUGGCUUGAGCAACCAGCUCAAACCUCUUCAUGUGCUGAGCUUCUCAGGUAAACUGUGUACAACAAGAGUCUUUAAUACCCCUUUUCCCAAGGCGGGUAGAAGUGAUGUAACUAAGCCUGGCAGGACAGCUUACUCUACCACUGAUCAAAGUUGCCACUGCAGUUUCUGCAUUUCAGAGCCACUUAGAAAGUGAAGAGUUAAGGUUCAUAUUCAACUUCCUGUUGGUCUGGUGUGUGAGAAACAGCUGGCCCUCCAGAUGUUGCUGAACUUCCAGCUCACAUCAGUCCUCACCAAAAUGACUGAUGGUUAGGGAUGAUGGGGGGCUAAAGGUUCCCCACCCUGACAUAUACUUUUGUUCUUCACAUGUGCUAAAAUUAAUCUUAACAAUUUUCAAUGCUUUAAAUUGUAAGUCUUUAAUUCAGUAAGUGCAGGCUAUUGAAAUGUCAUGUCUUAAAACAUUUAAAUCCCGAGGUUUCUGCAACUGGAGGUGCCUGUUUUGCGCAUGCGUGCGGUGCGAUAUAGCGCUUCUGCGCAUGCAUGCGGCACAAUAUAGUGCUUCUGCACAUGCACGCACGGCAAAACCCGGAAAAACACUUCUGGGUUUGCCGCAUGUGUGAACGCAAGUAGUGGUGAGGUGAACGCAAGUAGUGGUACCACUGUAAUUUAAACAAGGUUCUUGCGUAGGGACGGGGGGAGGAGAGACCAGUGCCCAGUUGUGCACAGUGGAGGAAGGUGUGCUCUGCAGAAGUGGGGGGGGGCAGAGCAGAACCCCCCCAGGGCAGAAACACCCCCCCCCAAAAAAUUUUUUUAUUCAAGUUAGCACCCAUGAAUGCAAAAUUUGAAUGUUGGCAGAAGGACUUGCCUCUGGCGUGCAGUGUUUUUCGGAAGCUUAGGUCUUGCGUUGUACACUGUGGAGGGACAGAUGGGGAUCUGCCCUGCCAAACUCAGUCUGCUGUCAAACAGCCCACAGUUCCCCUGCCUUCUUAUAGGUAACCAGCCCGGGUGGACAGCACUGCUGGUCAACUUCCUCAGCCUUGAUCUCCAUGUUGCUAUUGUAGAACUCAGCAGGGAGGAGGAUGGGGACUAAAGAGAAAUUAGUUGACCCUGCCUGUCAUUGACUCUGUCUCCAUCUAUGGUUCUAUUAUUCUAUUAAAUGCAGGGCACAGUAUUCCAAAUCAGUUCAGUUUAGGACAUUGUGGUAUAUAAUAUGGGAAAUGGACAUUAGAUAACAAAUAGGUUGAGAGAUGGGGGGGGGGAGGAUAAAUCAAUAAAACCCAACUUAAUUAAAACCCAACAAAUAACAUACUAUGAAAAUUAUCAUUAUAUCAGUUUACCCUUUUGGGUUUUAUAACUAUUAGUCAUAGUGAGAUAAAGCAUAUAGAAAUAAAAUUUAAAUAAUCAAGCUUUCCCAGUAGACUUUUUACAUUUGCUAUAUAAAAUUUGGCUUGUGCUUUCGAAAGGGGGGUAUUACCACACUAGCCAUUUGAUAGUAUUUUUUUAAUCAUAUGGUUAAGUGUAACAGUGACCAACAGUACAAUUCUAUGCAUAUUUAUUCAGAUGUUUUAUGGUGUUCGUUCAGGCUUGCUUCCAGGAAAGUGUACAUAAGACCUGAAGACUAAGAGUCUCAGGGAUGAAUGAGGAAGUUCCUGUUUCCAUCCCUAUCUGCCAUGAACUCUCUAGGUUGCCUUAGGCAAGCUACUCUCUCAUUGUCUUUGCAUCUGCAAUAAGGGGAUAAUACUUUCCUAAGUUCCAAGACUGAAGGAUUAUUGAAAUUGUGUAUAUAUUAUAUAUCACUCAUCAUCAUUACAUAAAGUUAAGUGUAAAAAUGACUUAUUUCUGUGUGGAACGACUCACUUUUACAGUUAUAUUCUCCUAAUUGAUUGGAGUGUUAAGUCUCUGACUUGGAAGAUUCAUGUUCAGCUAUAAACGUUACUGGAUAAAUCUUGACCAGUCAGUGUCUUUCUGCCUAACCUACUUCACGGAGCUGUUGUGAGGGGAGAAGUCUAUUAUAGGUAAUAGAUAUGACAAGACAACUAUGUUUGAGGCGGAAGCACAGGCCAAAGAGGUGAUUAAUAGCUGGAGUUUUGUAACUGAGAGAUUAAGAAUUUCAAGACAGGAAAUAGUCUAAACAAAUUUAUAGAGUUAAUCAAUACAUUAUUUGACAAAAGAUAGGAAGGUGAUAUUAGUAUCUGAGUAGUUCAAGAACGGAUCUAUAAUUACAGUGGUGCCUCGCAAGACGAAAUUAAUCCGUUCCGCGAGAGUCUUCGUCUAGCGGUUUUUUCGUCUUGCGAAGCAAGCCCAUUGACGGAUUAGCGCUAUUAGCGCUAUUAGCGGUUUAGCGGCUAUUAAAGGCUUAAAGGCUUAGGGGAUUAGCUGCUAAAAGGCUAUUAAAGGCUAUUAAAGGCUUAGCAGAUUAGAUAAAGGGGGGGGAAGCGAAAAAAAAAUCUCAAGACUCGCAAGGUAUUUUCGUCUUGCGAAGCAAGCCCAUAGGGGAAUUCGUCCUGCGAAGCAACUUCAAAACGGAAAACCCUUUCGUCUAGCGGUUUUUCCGUCUUGCGAGGCAUUCGUCUUGCGGGGCACCACUGUAUCUUGUCCUUUUAAUUACCUGUGCAUAUUUACUGGUGCAUUGUGCAAAUAUUUGUUGACAUCUUUAUAUUACUAAUAUAAGAAACCAUAAGAAUAAGCCUUAGAUUGUGGGUUGUAUCCAAGCAAGUUCUACUCAGAAGUAGACCCAAUGAAAUGAAUGGACCUACGUUGGUCAUGGCCAUUCAUUUCAGUGAUUCUACUCUGAGUAGGAUUAGCAUUGGAUACAACCCUAUUUAUUAUAUUUAUAAAAGUAUUUCUGUACCACCAUAUCAUAAGAUAUCAAGGCAGUGUACACUGUUAAAACAUUUAAAGAAAUAAAAACACUGUGUGUGCUAUUUUUAUACCAUGAUGAUUUAUAACAUGCAUUGUAUUGUAUACAAAUAACAAUAUUGUGUAAUAUUUUGUGUGUGUUUGUGUGUGUGUUUAAAGAUAUAGGGAUCAUGUUUCCCACCAUAGCUCCUUAAAGGAAAGUUGGGAUAAAAAUUAGAUAGAGGGAUGCCAUCUUAAUUUUGUAGCUUGGGGGCCCCUUUGCGCAAACUGAUCUUUGCUACUCAGUCGCCACGUUCCCUCUCUCUUGUCUGUUCACCAAUAAGAGAACUAAAUGUCACCCAGAACACUCUCUCUGUUGAUGACAGCUGACAAGCAAGCUUCUAAUAUUCAACAUGACCUCAUGCCUUUCUCAAUAAAUAUUAAUAUUUUAAUAUUAAUAGCCAUUUUAGCAGUAGGAAAGGGGGAAAGAUCACCCCAGUGUUACCUUUCGUGGACUUCCUAAUGACAUCUGCCAAGGUCAUGGUUGGCUCCAUCUCCAGGGAAUCUUGUUGCUUCGAUUGAUUUUGAUCCCCCACAGGGUGCCAAGAAUUCUCUUCCUCAGUAUCCAUCUUUUAAUAUCCUUUUAAAUGUCCAAAAUCCUCCGCUGAGGAGAUAAGUGUCUUCUGCUUCUGAUACGGUUGGGGAACUUAAGCCUUAUUAAGAUGUUCCCUCAGCCUGGCUGUGUGAAGGUGCAGGAAAUUCCUGGGUGACUCAAGUUGUCCAUCCUUAUUCACCUUUUUGCCUCACGAGUCUAUGAUCACUUAAUGGCUGUGUUUACAUUUUACAAUGGGAGACAUCCUGGAUGGCUUUGUUACUACAGAAGCCAGUGACUGAGGUGUCCUGGAAUUCUAAUCGCUAUGGAAUUUGGCUUCCAACUGUCAUAAUCCAAAAUACCACAACUAGUUAGUGCAAGUGGAGGUCUGAAUUGAGAGAAUUGCUAAUACAAAUGGGGGGGAAAUGUGUUGGGUGCUUGGAUGAAUUUGCAAUUCAUAACAGAUUUUGGCUUCAAACAUUGUGGGAACCUGUACAUUAAACACUUAAUCGAGGGAGAAAAUAAAAAGGUGGCUUUUGUGGCAAUGUAUGCAGUUUCAUACAUUGAAAUCAUACUUUGAAGUACAGUGGUACCUCGGGUUAAGUACUUAAUUUGUUCCGGAGGUCCGUUCUUAACCUGAAACUGUUCUUAACCUGAAGCACCACUUUAGCUAAUGGGGCCUCCUAUUGCCGCCGCACCGCCGGGGCACGAUUUCUGUUCUCAUCCUGAAGCAAAGUUCUUAACCCGAGGUACUAUUUCUGGGUUAGCGGAGUCUGUAACCUGAAGCAUAUGUAACCUGAAGCGUAUGUAACCUGAGGUACCACUGUAAUGUCUAUGGAAAUCAGCAGAAUAUGUUUAAGAUUGUUUAUUGUUCUUUCUUUUGACCUACUUUGGUUGUUUUUAAAUAAUAAUAAUUUUAUUAUUAUUAUUACCCCGCCCAUCUGGCUAUCCACACUUUAUUUUUAAAGCCACCUGCAGCAUUCAUUUCUAAGCAUUUUAUAGAGAAACCAUGUUGGUUUAAAUGUAUCAGGGUGUGGGUUGUUUGCUUGGCUAUAAGUUGCUUUGGGUUGCCUUGGAAAAGGCUAAGCAACUAACAAAUUUAACAGAUAACAAAUAAAUGACCACAGAGCUCACUCUGUCCUCGGCUGUAUUGCAUAUUUCUCCCACCUUAGGGUUUUCCCCUAUUAAAAGGAAAGUAUGGUACUUUUGCAAACUUGGGUUCCCCCACACCCUCAUCCCUCACCUGCCAAAUACCUUCCUUUUGUGCCUGACAGAUGCCAUUUUAUGCACAUAAGCAACCUCACUUGCAACCAGAACAUUGGAAAUCAGACGGAACGAUAACCGUUUCCUCACCUCUUGUCCCUUACAGAUGGAGGUAACCUGGCUGGGGUCAGGCACAUUGUCGUGGUGCUAUCGGGGAAAGGGGGCGUAGGGAAGAGCACCAUCUCAACAGAGCUGGCUUUGGCCCUGCAUCACACUGGGAAAAAGGUAUGUACCAUGUGGUAUAGUGGUUAGAGCACUGGAUUGUUGUUAUUCAUUUCAUUUCUGUUUGCUUUAUAGUUUUAAGCGAGGGAGGGGCCUUAAAGCGGCUUACAACCUACAUUAAAACAUCAAAUAAAACAAUCCAGAAUCAAACAUCAACGAAGAAAGUCAAGUAUACAUUCAGAGCAACAUAGUUAACAGGAAACUAAAAUAUUAUCUUGAAGGUUUCAAAAUAAAACUUUACAAAGGAGAUCAACUACAAGAAUGCACAUUUAAAGCGGCAAAGUGGACAAUGGCAAAGUUUUCUUAAACGUUUCAAAAGAAAACAUUCCUAAAGGAAGUCCAAUAUAGAAUGCACAUUUAAAACAGCAUAAUCAAAAAGAGAAUAAACUAUUAUCAUAAGCAUAGAACAUGUCUUCUGCUGUUGCUGCCAGUGGUGGUUCAUGGGGGCUCAAUGACUUGGGUCUGCACUAAGAAACAGCCAUGAUGGUCUCUGGCCUCUUCAGCAGCCUCGGCUUUUGCAGCUGGAAUCAGUCAAGGCCCUGUCCUCUCAGGCCAGGUGAGAAGAGGCCUGCAAGACAGGGAGCAGGUCUUCCAGGACUCAAAGCAAAGAUUGAAUGUGAACCCAGAGUACCCAGAUCCCUGCUUAGCAGUGAUUGCAGCGGUCCUGGCCCAUAUGCCGUCUCCCAGUCUAAUGUACCUCCAUUCCACACAUUUUUUCUUGGGGAUAAGCCUUAAUGUAUACUACCCUGAACUCUUUGAAGAGGGUUAGGGAACAGGGUCCAGUGUACAGGGCAGAUCCUGAGCACCCCCCACCCCCUACGAGUCACUUUGACAGAUGAGCAGGGCUUCCCACUCACCAGUUGCCCGAUGUCACCAUGAUGUCAGGUGACCGAACUUCAAAGUGAAACAGGUGUGAUCCUUCUGGUCCUAACGAUGUGGGUUUUCUGAAAAAAUGGGGGGUGCUAAGGCAGAGUGCUAAGGCAGCUGAACUUUGAUCAGCAAACAAAUCUAGGCAAGUAUGCCUUAAUUUAAUAUUAUGUAUUCAUCUCUUGGGUUUUUUCAAUACUCAGAAGUAUUUGAAACCAUAUUUGGGGACAGGAGGAAUCAAUAACAGUGCAGUUAAUGUGGUCUAAAUGUAGUCUAACAAAGCUGGAGCUUUACACGCAAAUUGGUUUUAGUUUUGGGUUUUAGGGGUUUUUUCCGGAAUAACUAAAGAUAUCUAAGAAUAUGACGACUUGGCAGUAUAUGCCUGUGUACAUUGUUUACAUCUCAAGAAGCAAAAACCAAGGCCCUCAAAACUGUAACGUUAAUUUGAGCUUGUUCCCACCCCCCAGGCUAAGAAAUUAAAUUAGCUGUAUUUGCUGGGGUGCGGGGAGUUAAUUACACCAUUGAAAUGACUCAGUGUUACUGGUAUUUUAUCCACUUCUUACGUUGUAUGUUUGAAGGGAAGUGGGAGAGUCCAUGGAGUAUGGGGUCAGGGAGUUGGAAGACAGAGCAGAAUUAGAGUUGGUAAAUGGAAACUUUGGUUGGAGGAAGAGGGACAAAGGGGAUUAACUGUGUGGGACUGGGUUUAGGGUUUCAGGUGCUCCCCUUCAUGAGGUCCCCAUUACGUGAGGGGUAUGGGCCAGGCUGUGCUCUUUGACCCUCCCCUUCUAUUGAGUUCCCAACAUCCCACCUCUUCAUUCUUCCAGGUGCUUAGGCAUGGGGGGGGGGCUUCAGGGGGAGUCUGCUGUACUCCUGUCAGCUCCCUGGGUGGGCUGUUGGGAACUGUAUGAAGUCAGAGGCCCUAGCAAGCACGUCCUUCCAUGUGCGUCAGGAAAUGAGUGGACAGAGUUACGUUCUCAUUCAUUCCAGAUUUCGGGUCUCCGCGGACUGGUUUUCAUGGGUCCUCAAAUAAACACUAGGCCCAGCAACAAGAAUCCGCGACAGCAUACGAAUCAAUCUGACUAACCUGAUCCAAAAGCACACACUCACAUACCCCACUCACACACAAAAGCAGAUCUCACUACAGCCAACCAAAGACAACCAACCACAUCCUAGGCCACCACCAACUUCUCUCACCACCAAGGAAAUACAACAAGAAAAUAGUAAGAGAACCCACACAAGUGACGCUGACACAAAACCCCACACAUACACUAAGUAGAAGAAUAGAAACAUUGUCGCCCAACCCCACUCACUAUUUCCCCCCCUCUCCCCCUCUUUUCUUCCUAACCUAACACUGUAUGUAACACUACUGUAUCACACAAAUGAAACUGAUCUGUAGAAAAUGCAGCUUGAAAAAAAGAGACCAUGCAUGUAUUUUGGUAAACUAAGAAACCUUUAAUAAAAAUAUGUUUUUUUAAAAAAACCACUGGGCAAUUUCACGGGGUAAAUUGUCGCUGAGAUCCACACUUAGAAGGUUUUGAACACCAACUCCGAUACCAACACCUACGCAGUGCUGUUAGCACGGUAAGACAGCGACACUGUUUAACAUUAAUUUUUACACACACACACCCAAAGGAGGUAAGCAUUUAAAUUUACUGUAUGUGCCUGGGUGCUCCAUAGGGAGAGUCACCUGGAGGGGGAAAAGUUAAUUAUAUCCCUGAAACUGUCUACAAAACCUUACAGGUUUGUAUCCAUUCAUUAUGUUACUAAUGAAUGUUUAUGAAACUGUGCUUUUUAGAUAUGGAAGUGGAAAAAUCUAGCAGUGGGAUCGGCUUGCCGAUCGCAUGGUUGGCAGUUCGAAUCCCCACGGCGGGGUGAGCUCCCGUCGUUCAGUCCCAGCUCCUGCCCACCUAGCAGUUCGAAAGCACUCUUAAGUGCAAGUAGAUAAAUAGGUACCGCUUUAUAGAGGGAAGGUAAACAGCGUUUCCGUGUGCUGCGCUGGUGCAGGCUCGCCAGAGCAGCUUUGUCACGCUGGCCACGUGACCCAGAAGUGUCUCUGGACAGCGCUGGCCCCCGGCCUCUUAAGUGAGAUGGGCGCACAAUCCUAGAGUCGGACACGACUGUCCCGUACGGGCAGGGGUACCUUUACCUUUACUAAAAUUCCAUGAUGGAAAAUUUCCGCCUCCAUCACGUUGCCUCUCACUCCCCUCCCUGUCUGACUUGCUCCCUCCCCAGAGGCUCAUGUGGCUUGACAUGGCCUGCUUGGAAAUGAAUUUGCCCAGGACUAUCUGGGGAGAUAGGAGGCUAAGGAGAGAGUCCAUGGUGAGGACAGGUAAGGCCUCCAUGUGGAACUGUAACCCAGUGAAACAUCAGAGGUUCAGUCCAUGGGUAGUCCCAGGUUCAAGUCCCCUCCCCAUGGUCUCAUUUGGGAAAGAGCUCAGAAGAGAUGGAGCUGAACCCUUGAGAAAAAGAUUGCAACAUUUGGGAAGGCAUGGUAAGAUGUGACAUAAUAGUUGCAGGUUUGAUCCCCGUAUGGGACAGCUGCAUUGCAGGGGAUUGGACUAGAUGAUCCACAGGGUCCCUUCCAACUCUACAAUUCUAUGACUCUAUGAAGUGUAUGAAAUCAUGCAUCACAUAGAAAAGUGAGUAGGGAAACAUUUUUCUCCCUCAUGACACUAGAACCAGAUGUUCCCCUUCCCCAGCCUAUAGUGCGCUGCCCAUUCAUGGACCCUCUGUCAUGGCUGCCUAGAAGGCUAUUGACCCAUCAGACAUGGAGGAGGCUCAACGGGAAUGGGAGGCAGGAGGGGUUUCUGGUGAUCGGCUAACUAAUGAGCUGCUUCCAGCAGGUGCCAUUUCCUAGUUUUGUAGGUAGGUACAUAUGGCUGUAGGGACACGGGUGGCGCUGUGGGUUAAACCACAGAGCCUUGGGCUUGCCGAUCAGAAGGUCGGCAGUUUGUAUCCCCGCGAUGGGGUGAGCUCCUGUUGCUUGGUCCCAGCUCCUACCAACCUAGCAGUUCGAAAGGACGUCAAAGUGCAAGUAGAUAAAUAGGUACCGCCCCGGCGGGAAGGUAAACAGCGUUUUCGUGCGCUGCUCUGGUUCGCCAGAAGCAGCUUAGUCAUGCUGGCCACAUGACCCAGAAGCUGUACGCCGGCUCCCUCGGCCAAUAAAGUGAGAUGAGCGCCGCAACCCCAGAGUUGGCUACGACUGGACCUAAUGGUCAGGGGUCCCUUUACCUUUACAUAUGGCUGUACUGAUCUGAUCUGCACAUUCUGAAUGCCAGGGCAGGUAAACACACACACACACACACACACACACACACACCAGCCUGGGGACCUAAUCCAGCCUCCCCUCCCCACCCAAAAAGCAAAAAUUUUAGUCCUCCAAGACCACACCAAUUUUAUCAGGGAGCAAGGGUAGGGGGAUUAAAGUAGGUAAGAGUCAUGAGGUAGACAGAGCAGUUUUCAUCCCAGGCCAGCACCCUGAUGUAGAGGCAAAAUCACCCCCUUCAUGGUCAUCGGUGCCGCUACACUGAAGGACUUGAUUGCCUACCACUGCAGAAUGUUACAGUGAUAGAAUUCAUCUUUAUCCCAUCCUUCAGCUUUCACCUACCUUUCCUCAGCCUGCUGUGCCAUGUCCAGAGAAAGGUUUUAUACGCUGGGCUUGCAAGUUGCUUUUUUUUUUAGUUGUUUGGUUGUUUUUUACUAAACAGGCCCCCCCAUUUGUCUUCCCAAUGCAGGUCGGGAUCCUGGACGUAGACCUCUGUGGCCCCAGCAUCCCGCGCAUGCUCAAUGUGCAGGACCGAGAUGUUCACCAGUGCGACGGUGGCUGGGUGCCGGUCUUUGUUGGCCAAGACAAAAGCAUUGCCGUCAUGUCCAUUGGCUUCCUUCUGGAAAAGCCAGACGAUGCCGUAAUAUGGAGAGGACCAAAGAAAAAUGGUAUGGAAGAUACAAAUGUUUACUUACCCGUGUGCCCCUGUUAGUGAUAUUUGGCCUAAGCCAGUCGGUCUUGGGGACAACCACCUUUUGAACUCAGUUGCCUGGAGGUUUAUUGUUCCUCCCCCCCCCCCCCAGGCAGCAAAGCAAGUGACCUAUUUGCAAAUGGGUAACACACGUCCCUGUUUCCAAAUGUGCCAGCUACAAUGAGUAAGAAUCUCCUCCAGGCAACAGUGCUCCAAGUUAGCUCUUCGCACUCUGAACAUGCACUGGGAGGUCCAGUUCUGCUGUGUUGUUUUUCCUUCCGUGCAUCCAGCCAGCAGUUCCCAGCUCCUGCGGGAGGACAAGAGGACUAGCACAGGGUCUACAUGGGUGGCAAGUGACUUGGGUGACCCUAAAUGAGUGUCACCACCGUCCUUCUGCAUCCCUUCGAAAUUCCUGCUUGGGGCCAUGUGCUCAGAAAAUACAUGCCAUUUAGUCCUCGCCUUUCUGCAUGGCACCCCAGGGGCAGCUCGCAACCAUAAUCAAGAAGCGGCGACAAACAAAAUAAGAGCAGGAAGAAACAGUCAAUUAGAAACAACAACAUCACAGCUGCCAAUUUAAAACAAGUAUCAACAAAGGAAACUUGAUUAAAUUGCAGGUCAGUUUUUAAAAAGUUAGUUCUCCGUUGCAAGGGAGUUUCAGAGUUUGAACACAGCCAUUAUGAGGCCUUGUCUCAAGUCUCCUCCUGUCCUGUGCAAAUGAACUUCUGAUAUCGGUGGGACAUAAACAAGCGCAUCUUUGGAAGAUCUUUAGAUUUGGGCAGGUUUGUAUGGACAGGGUCUGCAGAUAGCAAUGUCACCGGAAGACGUGAGCAGACGACAUGGAGGGUUACACUGCUUUAAUGUGACCUAAGGCAGACCGGUCUUUGGCCACGCCCCCAUCGCCUCCGCCCAUUUCCUGUCUUCAUCCAGGACCUGUGUGGUGGACCUGCUCCUGUCACCACGGGGUUAUUGUGUGAAUUGUGUCUGUGUGGGUCCUCCAACGCUAAGUUCUACUUGGAGCAGAUCCAUUGAAAUGAACGGACAUGAUUAACUCAGGUUCAUUCAUUUCAGUGGGGCUGCUCAGUAGAACUUAGUUGGAUGCAGUCCAAUAUAUUUUCCCAUUCUAUACUUCAUUAUAGCUUUGAUCAAGCAGUUUGUCUCCGAUGUCACCUGGGGAGAACUUGACUUCUUGAUUGUGGAUACACCCCCUGGCACAUCCGAUGAGCAUAUCUCCACCGUAGAAUCCCUUCGGCCUUAUAAGCCUCUUGGGGCAAUUCUUGUUACAACACCGCAGGUACGGAUGACUUCUCUCUUUUUCUUGUCUUUUAAUUUCUUGGGUUUUCCUGCAAUUUUUAAUUAAAAAAAUAUUACGCACCUGUACAAAAGUGACAAAUAAUAGGAACAAAGCAACUAUAAUAAUAAUAGCUACACACACACGUUCACAUAGCUAAUUACACACCUACAAAUCUUUAAACUGGAAGUGUCUAUAAUUGAAACUUAAGGUGCACCUAAAUAAACUUUAUGCAUUAUAUGUGUAGCUUUUUGAAAGCUCUAGAUUGAAAAUGCCAGCUUCCACUAUGAUUUCUCUGAAUUCAUCAUAAAGUAUAAAUGUGGGCUUGGUGUCAAUAAACCGACUCUGUAUGUAAUAUGAGCCAAACCAUGCCUUAGUGCAAACAAACCAAUGUGCGAGUUCCUGGAGCAAGUUCCUUGCUCGCUCCUGCUGCUGCCCUGCUCCUUGGAGCCAAAAGCUGAACAAUGACUUGACCCCAUAUAGCAGGGCGGCAGCAGACCAGGAGAUGAGGCAGGAAUGGUUGCUCUGUGCCUAUGAUCUUCACUCCAGGAACCCACACAAUUGGCUGUUUGCACUAAACCAUGGUUUGUCGUAGCAUUCGUUGCAAACUGAAUAUUUGUGUCUCUAAAAUUCACUAAAUGAUUCCCUUUCCCCCUAAAGUUAUCCCCUUUUUUAACCAUUGUCCUUAGUUCUCAUAAAAUAUGUUUUGGUUCCACAUCUUAGCUAUCUAUUUUCUCAUGUUACAUACUUCUAGGUAGUUUCCAGCAUAAGUCGCUUGGGGUGAUUCUGAUUAUAGCAUCAGUUAUUGCUUUUUUGGGUUCUGGGCUAUUCUCGCCGAAGUUGCCCUUCAGCAUUCUGCUGGGCACAUCAAAUCACCAAGACUUUCAGAUGAACACAAACUAGCAUCCUGGCACUGCAGGAUACCGGAAAUUUUAUUCGAGGAUCCUGAAAAUAUUGGCUUUAAUCAUUUUAUAUAGGGGGAAAAAUCAGUGUGCUCUAGGUGUUAUUUCUCAAAGGCAAUUUCUGUAGCUAUGUAUAGACACCAGGGGGUGCUCUUAUAGCCACAAGAGACGUUUUUGGAUAAAGUUUCUCCCCUGCACUACAGUUGGCUUGUAUAAUACAGUACUCAGCAUCUGUUGCAUAGUUUAGUUAUAAACUACCUGUCCAUCACAACAACACAGCUAUUAGUUUUUUAAAACAUAGGGUUUGACAGCCACAUCCAUUGUAGCACAGUAGUACAGCAUUUGCUCUGCGUGCAGAAGGUCCCAGGUCUAUUCCAUGGCAUCUGCAGGUAAAACUGGGAGAGACACUUUCCUGAAACCCUGGAGAGUUGCUGCCAGUCAAAGCGACAAUACUGUGCUAAAUGGACCUGUGGACUUUGUGGGCAUGAGGCAGAUUCCUGCGUCCAAACCAACCAUGCAUCCAACUCAACUUUCAGCUUCCAAGGAAAUUGCUGCUAAAUGCUUGCUGGUGCAUUUGACAGCUUUGGAUCAAAGAACCAUUGCAGCUCGACUUGGUACGAGGCAGCUUUCAGUAUCAUGUGAAAAUUCUCUACAGUUUUGAGAUUUGCUUUAAAAUAACACAUUUGUGGCCGCUGAAAAGGUUGCUCACUUUGCCAGACCUGUUUGCCUCUUGCUCAGCUUUGUUUCCUGCUGCCGCCCUAUUACCACCGUAUUACGCAAGAUUGUCUUCUUUCUUCAGGCUGUUUCUGUGGGGGACGUGAGGCGAGAGCUGACCUUCUGCAAGAAGACAGGCUUACGGGUCCUUGGGAUCGUGGAGAACAUGAGCGGCUUCGUCUGCCCGCACUGUUCGGUAAGAGUCAGGGGCUGAGUUAAGCUCAGCGUGCGCAAAUUUAUUAAAAGCUGAGAUUGGUGGCCGUUGGAGUGAUUUUUUAAAAACCUGAUUGCAGGUGCAAGUUUAGGGUUGUGUCCUCUGGUGGAGCUUCUGCAAGCAUUUCUGCUUUACCAAGGAGAAUAAUUGCUAAUGGCCAAACUUUAUGGCAUGAUAUUUGUGAGAGACAGAGCUGACAUUUCAUGUGUCUUUUUCUUUUUGGGAAGGAAAUACCAGGUGCAGGGUGGAAAACCAGUUAGGACUCCCAACACUGUGAUCCUAACGGAAAUUCCUCCUGCUGAUGCAUUUUUGCCCAAGUGGGAAGCUUCUGUUGCUCAGAUAGCAUCCUUUAGAUGUUCCUGUUAUCAAGAGAAGCUUUGAGUGUGGGGAUCUUCAUCAGGAGCACAGCAUUAAGAGGAAGGGAGCAUUAGAGAGGGCAAACUACUUGGCACCACAGCGGAGAACGUUCUCCCCUCCUCUUUCCCUUCCUCUUGACCAGAAGGUGGGAAAUGUCGUGGGUUAGGCUGCCCCAAUAAGAAAGGGGUACCCAGAAAAGGGAGAGUGAGUUGAGGGCAUUCACAUAUACCUGAUAGCUCGACAGCUGUAGUCCCUGCAUUAGUAACCUUGAGACUGGAUUACUGCAAUGCGCUCAUGUGGGGCUGCCCUUGGGCUUGGUUGAGAAGUUGCAGCGUGGUGCUGAAUGUAGUGGCCAGAACUCUCAUGGGGAGAGCUGACAGACAACAUUGCUAAAACAUCAGCACUGGCUGCCCAUCUGCUACCAAGCCAGGUUCAAGUUCCUUGUGUUAAUUUACAAAGCCCUGAGCAACUUGGGUCCAGGGUACCUUAGGGACUGGCUUUUCGCCCAGCUUAACACUGAGAGCAUCUGCAGAAGCAUCCUUGGUUGUCCCCUGAGGUGGCGACGCUCAUUUGGCAUCAACACAAAACAGCCUUUCAUGUUAUUGGUCCAAUCCUAUGGGAUACUCUGUCCAUAGAGAGUCAGCUCUCUGUUUCUGCCUUCUCUUUAAAUGCCUCUUUCCUAUGCUGGCAGGCAACUUAAGAAAAAAAUAUUUCCAUAAUAGUUAAUUAAUUGUCUCUGAUUUUAAAUUUUCACAUUUUUAUUUUAAAUAGAUAUUAUUGUAGAUAUUAUGUAGAUUACAGUAGAUAUUAUUGUAAGCUACUUUGCUGUUUUUAUGAUAUAGUGGUAUAUAAAUACGUACAGUCAUACCUCGUGUUGCGUUAGGUUCAUGUUGCGUCUUUUCGGCUUGAGAACGCGGCAAACCUGGAAGUGUGUACUUCCGGGUUUUGCCACAUGCUCAGAAGCGUUCUGCGCACUUUACGCAUGCACAGAAGCGCUCUGUCACGCUUGCGCUGAAGCGUCGCUCUAGUUGCGGACUUUUCGGGGUGCGAAUGGCACCCUGGAACGGAUCGCGUCCACAACUAGAGGUACCACUGUAUUUAUAUGAAUUAAUUUAUUUACACCUCACCUUUCCUCCAGAAUUUUCUCCCCACUUUUCCUCUAGAAUUAAGCUUCCUCUUCUGUUCUAGGAAUGCACCAAUGUCUUUUCCAAAGGAGGUGGACAGGAGCUAGCCAAGCAUGCCGAGGUCCCAUUCCUAGGUGAGUUUAUCCGGAGUACCCUCUAGGAAAGUAUUAAAAGUUGUCAUGAUUGUUUUCUUGUGACUUUGAUAUCCACAUAACACUUUAAAUACGGUUAAGAAAGAUCCUGGCCAUAAGGCUGUGUCAGUCUGGACCUUGACAGGGAGCAUCACGGGACAGAUCCAAAGCAAAGGAGGACAGAGCUGCAAUAGAUGGAGUCAGCUAGAGGAGCCACCUAGAGGAACCGCUCUGGGAAAACUGAGUUGAUGAUUGAAUACUCAAAUUCCGCUUCUCCUGCAACCACGUUGAGCUCAAAGCAGGUCACAAUGAUGACAAUAACAUUAAAAUUAGCAAACAUUACAGUGAUUAUAAUCAUCUCAACAACUCCAUAAGGCAAAAAAAACCCACACCACCCCAAAACAAAUUAAUCAAACAAUUAAUUUCAAUUCAGUACGAACUCACAGUGAUUCAAAGUGUCAGAAACGGCUGCUGAGCCCUGUGCCAGAUGACUCGCGUCCUCUGCAAAGGGGCUUCCUCUCCCGCUGUAGCAGCAGAAUCUUUCACAGUUUUAGUCUCGACUUUCACCCUUAAGAAAUUGAUCUCUUAGCUGGAUACAAUCCCAAAAGCAGCUGGGACAGGGAACCUAUGACCCAGUUGUCGUUGGACUCCCAUCAGCCCAAGGCGGCAUAGAGCUUGGUCAGGGAUCAUGGGAGGUGUAACCCCACAGCCUUUGAAGGGCCCACAAGCUCCCCAUCCUUGUACUUUAGAGCUUCAUUGCUGGUCAGUAUACAGCUGUUGUCAGGUAGGAUGGGAGAUGGGAGAGCCUGCCCCUCUUUCCUCUUUUCACCUUCUCUCCCUCUUCCCUCUUAAACCUCUCCUGCCUUCUUGCAACCCCACCCCUUCUUGCACAGGGUGCGUGCCCCUGGACCCCAAGCUCAGCCAGAGCUUGGAACAAGGCAGAGACUUCCUCCAGGAAUUUCCCAAGAGCCUGGCAUUCCCUGCGCUCGCCGACAUCGCCCGGCAGAUCUUGGCUGGGGCAUCCGCUUGCAGCUCCUGAAACGGAAGCACAGGCUGCAAUCGAUGGGCACUCAGCAUCUUCCUCGCCGCACCAAGAGAAGCGAGAGAAGCUGGCCAGGAAACGGGGCGGCUUUUGAGAAGGCUCAGCAAGGCAGGGGAAGGCUUUUCGGAAAGCGAUGGACUCAGAGGGGCUGGAUUUGGGCAGAACACAGCGCCUUGUCUGCAACAGUGUUUGCCUUCCGUAUGAGUGACUGCAGUGUCUGCUUUGGAGCGGUCCACCCAUUGGUGGGUUUGUUUUUAGCCCUUUGUUCAGUUUUUCCAAGGCCAGGAUCUCGACCACAUGGUGUUUCUGCUCCCUUCCUCGGGCAGGACAAAUGAGAAGUUUACACACCCCCAAAGAGCAGAGAAGUACCAGUAGGACGCUGGCACUCUAGCGCUCCCUGCCUUCCACCUUGUGAACUCAGUUCAGCAUGUGUUGUGUGAUGCAGCAGUCCUCGCGAAAGCCUCCGCCAGCAGUUCCUUGACUGCUCUGCAGAAUUCAGUUGUGAGUCGGUCAUCCUGAGCAACCCACAUCCAAUAAAUCAUAUUUGCUGCAGUCAAGACAUCUAUGUGCUUUUUAAAAAAACAUGCAUGCCCACUAUUUGUUUUAGGGCUGAGUUGUCUUGCCCCAUCGGCCCAAAUGUGGUGGACUACAACUCCCAUCAUCCCUGGUGCCUGGCAGCAUAUGGGGGACCCAAAGUUAAAGAACCCUUGUCUAUAUCAGUGCUUGCAUUAAUUGGGGGGGGCAGGUGGCACUGGGAGCCCCAGCAGCCUUAGCUUUUGUGUGUAUGUGUCCCACAAGCUCCUCAAUUUGGAUUUGUAGGUCCUGCCAUUUGCCUAAAAUUAGGGGUUGUCAAGUGAUGGGAGUUAUGGAAUCUGCUGUUGCUGCUUAGAGAUGCAUCGUUUAGAGAUUUUUCUGACCGAGCAGUCAAUCUAUAUUAUUUAGAAUAAUGUAUAAAAUAAGGGUCCAGCAAACCAACAACACCACAAACUGGCUUAGAAGUAUAAAGCCAAAUUUACUAGAAUAAUAACUAGACUAUAGACAGACUUGUAACCAUUCAAGCAACAAACAUACUAAGUUGCCAUGUGCAAAACAAAGCCUGGAGAUACUGUAAGUCUAUCUCUAUUCUAGUUAUUAUUCUAGUAAAUUUGGCUUUAUACUUAAAAACGCUAGAACAUUAGCAGUGGCAAAGUUUUUAUCAGUGGUUGCAAGAACCAAUGAUCCCUAUCUUUUGAACAAAAUGCUUGUUUAACCUGGAGAUAGGCUGUAUGAAUUGUGUAUUGCUUUGUAACAAUUUGUUGGGUCUCUGGGCCGUAAUAAAGAUUGAUUUGAUUAUAAGCCAGUUUGUGGUGUUGUUGGUUUGUUGCAUUAUUAUUACUGUCACCACAUUUGAUACUUCGUGUAUAUACUAAAAUAAGGGUCCCCCACACUUUUGUGCCAUAAUUUCAGCAGCUGUCUUAAGUUCUCCGUUACCUUGUUGCUAAACAUCCAGGAACCGAUCACCAGCAGGGAGUGUGGCUCAAGUGAGCUUGGCCAGAGCUGGUAGCGAGGGGGUGGCCACCACACAAUCCUUUAUGCCACAUGUGUACAUGCACACAUGC